AAAUGAUCAAAUCAGUAGUGAUUGGUUUUGCUUUUGCAUUGGUGGUUGUAUCAGUUCAUGCAGGCAAGCCUGAAUUAUCAGAAGAAGCCAAGGAAGAACUGGUGAAGAUCACAAAAAAAUGUAUAGAAGAAUCUGGAGUUGAUCCAAAAGAACUAGAAAAUAUGAACAAAGAAACUCCUUCAGAUCCUAAAGCCAGGUGCUUUGUAGGUUGCUUCUAUAAAGAAUAUGGAUAUGCAGGAUUGCAAAAGGCAGAAGUCAAGAAUUUUCUUAUGGACUUAGGAAAGACUUGCUCUGCAGAAACAGGUGCUACAGAAGCUGAUAUUGAAGGUUUGCUGAAAAAAGAAGUGCCCACAACUCCAACUGGAAAAUGUCUAAUAAAUUGCAUUUAUAAGAAAAUUGGUUUGAUGAAAGAUGGUAAAUAUUCAUCAGAAGGUGCAAUUCGUACAGGAGGACUUCUCCAUGAUGAUGACAGUGAAGAAAUGGAAAAAAUUAAAAAAAUGGCUGAUGCCUGUGAAAAAGAAGCCAAACACACUGACGAAUGCGAACAUGCGGCCGAAGCCUUAGGAUGCGCCUUGAGAAUGGCCAAGGAAUUGAAUUUCCCAAUUCCAAUUUAG